CAAAUUUACCUUUCUUCCUCAUCGCACCGUGCGGGAAGCUCAGUCUUCGAGCUGCACGAGCUCAGACCGACACAGAUUUCUCCGCCUCGACGCUGGUCUCAACCUUCUCUCACACUCUGAUUCCGGUUGAGGUGUUUAAUACCAUGAGUGUGAGAUGGCCAAGGUUUUUGACACCAACUUAUCUCUCACAGCUAAUACGUAGCCAGAAAAACCCAUUAAAGGCUUUGGAUAUUUUCAAUGAAGCUAAGACUAGGUAUCCAAGUUACCGCCAUAAUGGUCCCGUAUAUGCUACCAUGAUCAGAAUGCUUGGAGGCUCAGGGAGAUUGACUGAGAUGAAAGAAAUCGUUAAUCAGAUGAAAAAGGACUCUUGUGAAUGCCAAGAUUCGCUCUUUGCUGACAUAAUCAGAACUUAUGCUAGUGCUGGUUUGUUUGAUGAAGCUUUUUCUCUGUUCAAUAGUCUUUCUGAAUUUAACUGUGUGAUAUAUACAGAGUCUUUUAAUACUCUGUUGGAGAUAAUGGUGAAGGAAUCCAAGCUAGAAACAUGUUAUCAGUUUUUUGUGGAGAAUUGUCAUGGUUGGGAGAUCAAGUCUCGAGCCCGUCCCUUGAAAUUGUUGAUGACUUCUCUUUGUCAGAUGCACCGUUCAGAUCUUGCACUGCAUGUUUUCCAAGAAAUGGGCCAUCAGUGGUGCUAUCCCGAUAGGGAUACAUAUCGGAUCUUGAUGAAGGGUUUGUGUGAAGACAGAAGAUUUGUUGAGGCAACUCAUUUGUUGUAUUCUAUGUUUUGGAGGGUUUCUCAGAAGGGUUGUGGUUCUGAUGUGUCUGUAUACAGAAUGCUAUUGGAGUCUCUAUGUGACAAUGGACACGCUGGAGAGGCUGUGGAAGUACUUGAGAAGGUCUUGCUGAAAGGCCUUCGGGCUCCAAAAAGGUACAUGAAGCAGCUUGAUUUAAGCGAGUUCCGGUAUAGAGAUGAUGUCAAAACUUUGAUCAAUGAAACUCUGAUUAGAGGUGGAGUUCUAAGCUCAGAUGGUCACAAUACAAUGGCUAUCGACCUCUAUUCAGAAGGAAAAUUUGCUGAAGCCGAUAAAGUGCUUGAGGAAAUGCAGACAAAAGGCUUCAAACCAUCUUUGCCAAUGUAUGAAUCCAAGAUAGCGGCACUAUUGGAAGCAGGCAAGGUGGAUGAAGCAAUGCAUGUGGCUAACAAGGAAAUGAUUGAGAACAAUUGCGUUCCAACCCUGCGGUUACACAACAUGGUGAUAAGAGGACUCUGCAACACGAGAGAAUCAACCCGAGCUAUGAGGUACUUGGAGAAGAUGUCUAGACAGAUUGGCUGUGUUCCUAAUAAAGAGACCUACUCCUACCUUGUUGAUGGAUUGUGCUGUGAUGGAAAAUACGUCGAAGCUAGUGAGAUGUUGGAGAAGAUGUUGAUCAAUGUGCACUGGCCUGAGGAAGAAACGUACAAUAAGAUCAUCAAGGGCCUUUGCUUGAUGGGGAAGACAUACAGAGCUGUAAUGUUGCUGGAGGAGAUGAUUAGCCAAGCUAAAAUUCCUCAAAUAUCUGUAUGGCAUUCCUUAGUAUCUACUGUUUGUUGUGAGAGCCACCACAGUGAUCAAUUGUCUAUAAAACUAGAUCACUUAUAGAAAUUGCUUGUUUUAGUUCUGUUAUAUGAAAUUACUAUACUAUCCACACACCAAUAAAGAUAUUGUUGCAGCUGAGAAAUGAAAAGUGGGCUAGAUUUGGUUGCUUCAUUCAACCAUUGUGUUAUUGUUAAAUGGUGUUUGUAACUCGUGAAACGAAACAUGAGAUGAAGUUAAGAUUGAGAAAAGAUUAAAGUUUAUAUUA